AUGAAACCAUUAGUCGACAUUUCACAAAUGUUGGAAAACAAGAAAAACAUUAUUCAAAUAAAAAAUUCAGAUGACCUUUGUUGUGCAAGAGCUCUAGUCACAGCUAUAGCUCGUGUUGACGACCAUCCUCAGUGGAACAGCAUACGCCAAGGUCGUCAGAUACAGCGAGAGUUAGCCGUUGCCCUUCAUAGAAAAGCCGAUGCACCACUGAGAAAAUGUGGUGUAGAUGAAAUAAAAAAGUUCCAGUCAUGCCUGCUAAACUACCAGAUCCAUGUAGUGUCAAAAGCUCAUUUCAAUGCCAUCAUCUAUCAAGGCCAAGAGGGAGGUGUACCGAUAUACAUUUACAACCACAAUGAUCAUUACGACGUUAUAACCUCAAUGACAGGAUUUCUGAACAGAAGUUAUUUUUGCAACAAAUGCAAAAAAGGCUACCAGACCAAGGAACGCCAUGCCUGUAAUAACCCCUGUCAUUUUUGCCGUAAGCUUCACACGGAUGAAUCUGAAGACUGGCAAUACUGCGAAUCCUGCAAGUGUAAAUUUAUUAACCAGACCUGUUUCGCUCUACACAAGAACAAGACAGAAAAUGGAAAAUCUACGUGUAAAUUGUAUUACAGAUGUAAAGACUGUAAUCAAUUAUAA